UCGACAAUCCUAGUUCUUAUCGAUAGGUAGGCUGUUGCUUUAUUUGUUGUAUUUUGCUUUUGACACUCGAAUCUAUAUUUUGAGCAAACCGAAAUAUUCAGUCGAAGACACAAAUAUGGAUGAGGAAUGGUGGCAAACAAAUUUACGCGAGCUAAAUGCAAAGGGCAAGCGCAUGGAGACGCUCACCAGCAUGUAUACAAAAAUCAACAAACAAUCGGCGCUGCCGCGAAAAAUAAUUGAGUUGCUCUUACGUGCGCCGGCGCUUUACGAAUGCGCCGUUGUUGAGGGAACGGAGAAGGAGCCGCUAGUCAACCUGUGUACCGACUUCAUGAGUACCUGUCUGGACCAACUGCAGUUCGACAUCACCGACGCCUCUUUGCCGCAGCUGCUCAACCCGGCUCUGCAUCAUUCGAAUCCCGCACUGCGUGCCCUUGUACUGAACAAUCUGCUGAAGGAGUUGCGCCGUCAACAGGCCAGCACCAAUAAAAUUCAGCCACUGCCCAGCAACGAGCUGCUCGUCUAUGUGCUUGACGAACUGCAGCAGCCUGAGACACAAUGCAGCUCGGCGGCCAUCAACAUUCUGACCAUUGUGCUCAGCCAAGGGCUGAAUGAUGAGCGCGUGCAGUCGAAGCUGCUGCAGCUGCUCAAGCAGAACGAGGUUGUGCGCUGUCGCGCCUACGAGCUGGGCGUCAUGCUAGCCAAGCGCAGUGCCGACUCCCUGUCCUCCGUGGAGUUCAUCUUGGACGCGGCGCUCAGUGAGCUGGACAACGACGACGUGCUGCUGCAGGCGAGCGUCAUGGAGAUACUUGUGCCACUGGCCGAGCAGAAUCACGGCCUGAGCUACAUGGAGAAACGCCGCGUCUUCGACAUUAUCAGCAGUCGGGUGCAGCGCAUCGAGGAGAAUCCACUGGACUCGCUGCUGAUACCAAGCAUUAUGAAGUUCUUUGGCAAAAUUGCCGCUGUCCAGCCGCAAAAGAUCAUCACCGGCUAUCCGCAUAUGCUGGCCUGCCUAUUCGACCUGCUAGCCUCGGGCGACGAGUCAGUGCUGCCCACGGCCAUGGACACGCUGGCCAAUCUAGCCAGCACCGUGCAGGGCAAGAUGCUAAUGCAUGUCCAGUUCCAGCCGGCCAUGGAGCAACUGCUGCGCAAGUAUUCUGGCUACACGAAGAGCCUGUCGCCGCCGCUGAAAAUCCGCAUGCUCAACUCGCUCGAUGUCAUCUAUGCGAUCAAUGCGCCAGUCAGCCAGGAGCUCAGUGUCAUUUUGAAGAACUGGUAUGAGUGCUUUGCGGGCGGACAGCAGGUGAAUCACAUUAUGGAUCUGCUGCACACACCGUUUCCCGACUUGCAGCUGGCCGCGCUGGGCCUGCUGAAGACCCUCUGCCAGUACCAAUGGGGCUGCAAGGCGGUGCAGUGCACGGGCGGUGCCAUAGAGUUCCUGCUCUCGCGUCAGCAUGAUCUGCACAAGGACGUCAAGUAUCUCAAGUGGCAAAUCAUGGAGCUGCUGUCCGUCAGCAACGAGUUCUCGGCGACCGAAAUCGUUCGCUUCACCGCCUACGUGAACGAGGGGCCAUAUCAUGUGCAGGCCGAUGUCAACAUAGCCACCGAACCUCAAUAGAAGUAGCAAUCAUAGUCGUAGCUACACUGUAGAGCAACUUCUUCUACAUAGUAUAUAAGGUUUUAGUCGACAUCCUAGAGGGAGAGAGAAACGAAUGUUAAUUCUUUGCAGUUGCGAACUGCGCCCAAAAUUCCAAAUAUAUCUGUAUUUACAAUACAAUUGUAAUAAUAUAAUUUAUAGUAAUUUAA